CUGAAGUACAUACCUGCACUGGUGCAAUGAUGCUCUAUCAUCACACUAUUGCCGAUAAAUGCAAUAAAAUCCUUGAAGUAGGAGUAGGGACUGGUAGAAGCGCCCUUAUGUUCUCUCAAAGCUUCAUGCAAAAAGGAGCUGUUUAUGUUAACACAGAUAUCAGCGACAAUAUGAUUAAAAUAUUUAAAGAGAAUCUUGGGUCCACUGGAUAUGAUCUUGACCAUCAAGAGAGUUACAAAGCUCCUGAAGCAGAAGAAGAUAAAAAGAAGAUAGUCAUUCUAAAAGCGAAUAAUGAAGACUUACCAUUCCCAGACGAGGAAUUUGAUUGCUACAUAUCUAAUUUCUCGAUGCAUAUUGUAGAUAAUCAUCACAACCAGCUCUUGGAAGCCUACAGAGUUCUGAAGCCAGGCUGUAAAGCUGGAUUUUCAGUUUGGGGAGAUAAAUCUAGAAAUAACUGUUUUACCUUCCUUCAAACAACUUUGAAGAAGCUAGGAUAUGAAACUGAUUUAUCAGCAGAAAAGUCUUUCUGUCUUAGCGACCCUGUAGAUCUAAGAAAAGAUAUCCUGACAGCAGGCUUUAAGGUCUGCAAAAAUAUUGUUGUAAAUCUUCCAAUGGCUCACAAAUACCCAGAAGAUUUCCUUAACAUCAUGGUCAAAGGCAACUUUGAAGAUUUUGCACAGAAAGAAAACCUCACCGAACCAAAUAAAACCGAACUUUGGGACCAAAUCUGCCAAGAAUUUACCCAAAAAUACGGCCCAGACACCUCAGAAAUGCCUGACUUCGAACAAAUAAUCUGUAUUGCUACUAAAUAACCCACAUCCCCCUCCUAAAACUUCC